CCCUUGUUAUUAGUUUUCCCUAUCAUACGACAAAAUUCAAAAGCAACGGUGCGCCUAAGCUAGGGUUCAAAUACAUUUGGCGCGUAAGCGGCCAAAAGCCAUAAACCUUUCAAAGCAUUCGUUCUCUUAAAAAUGGGCUUCGAUUUGGAUUCAGAGAAAGCUCGACUGUUAAGCUUAGCUUCAGAAUUUGGCUUCGACGAACAAACUGCGCACACUUGUUUGGAUCAGCUAGUCCGUCUUUAUGGGGAUGAUGGACAAGAUUUCAUUUCGGUGGAACACUGCGGCGAUGACUUCCUUGCAAUGCUGGCAGACUGUACACAACUUAAUGAAGACUGGGAUGUUUUGGCAGGUUCUGAGUAUGAUUCUUGUGCACUUGAAAACAAUAAUUCUGAUAGAGAUUUUGAACAUCAAGAUAAUGACCUUCAUGAUGCCAAACAUAAUUCAAUGGAUGAAGAAACUAUACCAGACAGUGAUGAGGAAUAUAUUCCUAAUGAUGAUAAGACUGUAAGCAGUGGAUCAGAUCAGGAAAGCACAAAGACAGAGGCUGAUUCCAGUGAUGAUGAUAUUAUGAUAAUUGAAAACCCAACAAAAUGCAACCAUUAUUCUAAUAAUGAGGUUCCUAUUUCAGCUAAUAGCAAUGAUGUUAACUUUGCUACUAAAAGUUCAAGCUCGGAGUGUGCAAAGGUCAUGGGUGAUGGAAGCAAGAAAAAAGGGGGCCUCAUUUCGUCAUACUUUCAAAUAAAUGAAGCUUCUGAAGUACCCAGUGGUAAGGUAGAAACACCAACAAUUGCACAUAGGGGAAAGAGAAAAUGCUUAACCUAUGAACAAUUACAGCAUCUGGAUGAUUUUGAACUUGCAAAUGUUGUAGUCUUUGGUCAUGAAGAAUUUCGACCAAUGCAACGUCGAGCAUGUGAGGUAGCUAUGGCUGGAAAAGAUUGCUUUAUUCUUAUGCCUACUGGUGGUGGGAAAAGCUUAUGCUAUCAGCUACCUGCAGUGCUCUCUCCAGGCGUGACAAUUGUAAUAUCACCCCUGCUGUCUCUUAUUCAGGACCAAAUUAUUACAUUGGUUACUAAGCUUGGCAUACCAGCAACAUUUUUGAACUCUCAACAAACCAGUUCCCAAACUGUGGCAAUAAUGAAAGAACUAAGGAAAUUCAAACCAUCAUGCAAACUAUUGUACGUGACUCCUGAAAAGAUUGCUGGAAGUACGUCUUUUCAGGAUAUUUUAACAUCCUUGCAGCAAAAGGGACAGCUUGCUCGAUUUGUUAUUGAUGAGGCACAUUGUGUGAGCCAAUGGGGUCACGAUUUCCGACCUGAUUACAGGGAGUUAGGAAGCUUGAAACAGAGAUAUCCAAAUGUGCCAUUGAUGGCACUCACAGCCACUGCAACUCAAGCAGUGCGGCAGGACAUAUUGAAGGUUCUGAGAAUACCUCGUGCUCUGGUUCUUGAAACAAGUUUUGAUCGUCCGAAUCUCACAUAUCAGGUAGUUGUGAAAAAUAAGGACUCUUUACAUCAGCUUGGGAAAACAAUCAGGGAGUGUUUCCAUCAACAGUGUGGAAUUGUCUAUUGCCUAUCCAAAAAUGAGUGCAUGGAUGUUUGCAAAUACUUAAAUGAUAAGUUCCAGAUCAAGACUGUAUACUACCACGCGGGGCUUUCAGCCAAUGGUAGAAUGGAAGUACAGAAAAGUUGGCACAGGGGUGAGGUGCAAGUGGUGUGUGCCACUAUUGCCUUUGGAAUGGGCAUAGACAAAGCUGAUGUUAGGUUUGUGAUCCACAACACACUGUCCAAAUCAAUUGAAAGUUAUUAUCAAGAGUCUGGAAGGGCAGGUAGAGAUAACCUUGCAGCAACGUGCAUCACAUUAUAUCAAAAGAAGGAUUUUAGUAGGAUAGUUUGCAUGCUACGAGUUGGACAAAGAUGCAUGAAUGAACGGUUUAAGCUUGCAAUGAAACAAGCCAAGAUGAUGCAAGCGUACUGUGAAGAAAAGAUUUGUAGGAGAGGGAGGAGAACUAAGACAAGGAGAGGAAGGCAUGAAAAUGGAGGUUAAAUGUCGAAGACAAACCCUUUUAGAGUACUUUGGAGAGAAUUGUAAUAGGUCAAAAUGCAAGGAUGGGCCCAAUCCAUGUGACAAUUGUUUGAAAUAGACAAAAUAAAUUUUGGUAUAAAAAGUUAUAUCUUAUUUUUCAUGUGUUCGUGUAUAUUUCCUUUAUCGAAAUUUUAGUACAAUAAUCAAUUUCAAAUAUUUGAACAUAGGAAAUAUAUUGAUUGAUUAAAGAACAAUACAGUAGAAACAUAAAUUAAUCUCUAUAUUUGUAUCGUU